AUGAAGGCAGGAUUUGUUAGAGGCAUGAAAGAAAUAACGGACAGUGGCCUGAAGAUUGCUGAGGUUGUCACUGAUGCUCACCUCCAAAUUGGUUCAAUGAUGAAAAAGGAUCAAGCACAUAUAACGCACAGUCAUGAUAUUUGGCAUGCUGCGAAAAAUCUUGGCAAGAAAUUGAUAUCAGCUGGGCAAGAAAAAAGUUGCAAGGACCUACAAAAGUGGUCUAAAGAUAUAGUGAACCACUUUUGGUACAUUUGCAAAACUGCCAACAUCUUGGAUGAAUUCAUGGGAAUGUGGGUUGGUGUGCUACACCAUGUAGUAGGGGAGCAUGAAUGGCUCUUGCCCUACAGUGACAGUGGAGUUGCCGCAUGUGCACAUGAUCCAUUGACAGGGGAGCCUAGAGGAGACAAAGAGUACAUGGUCAAGGGAAGUCCAGCUCAUGAGGCACUAAGAAAAGUGAUUUUGGAUAAAAGAUUUAUGAACAACAUUCACUACUUUUUGAAUUUCAGAAGCACAGCAGAAUUGGAAAGUUUCCACAACCACUUACUUAUGUAUUCCUCCAAAAGGUAUGCAUAUACCUCACCUGUAUAUAGGGCAAGGAGUAUCUUGGCUGCCUUGGACUAUAAUGUCAAUAUCAGUAGACCAGCAAUUCAGAACAAGGAUGGAACUUUGAGGUUGCAAAGGACUUGCAAUAAGAAGUCAGGGAGAUGGACUGUUUAUCUUGUAAAGGAGAAGAAGCAGUAUGACCACGUUACUGUUCUCCUGGACAAAGUUCUUCACAGACGGCUUGAAGAUAGAGUAGGAGUCCAUCAGCCCAUGGAGUUAGAAGUAGGGGACUGAAGGAGGAUCUCAAAGACAGUUGCUCCUUUAUUGCCACCACCCUGAGCUCAAUUACAAGAGGAGAAAAAGUCACGGUUUGACAAGUGAAAAAUGACACAGUAUC